CUCACCAUACCGAGUCCCAGUGCUCACGCACUACCCGGAUCCCAACAUGGCAGACAUCAAGGGCUCCCGCGAGCCCGACCAAACCCUCACCUCCGCGGACCGAAUUCGACAAUUGAACGACAUCGACCAGGACGUGGCCAAACUAAUCCACUCCGCCGGCCUAGCCAUCCAAGCGCUCACGAACGCCCGAUCGGGCGAAACCCCCGCGGCGAACUCCCUCGAAUCCCACAAAGCCCGCUUCAAGGAAGCCACAUCACAGUACUUCGCGCUGCUGUCAUCCAUUGACGUGCGUCUUCGUCGCCAGGUGUAUGCGCUCGAAGAGGCCUCGAUUCUGGCGCCGGACCCGGUGUCGUCGAGGACGGGUGAUUUACCGGCUGCGGGUGGGGGAGCGACGGGGGCGUCCAAUCCGCUGGAUGUGAGUUGGCUGAAUAGUCGGAAAGACACGGUGGGCAAGGAUAAGGAGGCGGAGCUGUGGGCGGUUGCGAGGGAGUUUGUGGAGCGGAUCGGGAUUAGCGAUCCGGCGUCGAAGGGAGAGCGUGAGAAGAUGGAGGUUGAUUAGUCGGCGUCUUUUCGGUGGGGUUGGUUGGUGAGGGAGGAUGGAGAUCCAUAUAUACAACCUACAUUAUCUUGCAAUUGCGGCAUGGCAUGGUUACUCCCUAGACAAGAGACAAGCGGCUUUGCUUGGUUUGAGAGAGAGGGAGGGGGUUGUGCAGUCGCGCCGAAGGUGGUCUGUCGUUUCGUUUUUGAAAAGCAAGUGGCCAUUAUGGAUAAUGGCCGACAUGAUACCCAAUUUAUUCCAUGAUUUCAAAUAUGAGUUGCC